CGGCUGCUUUCGUCAUUAUCAAUCAGGAACAGGAAAUGAACAGUCACUAAAUCGAUCUUCAUAUUUGUGUCUGAGUUUGUUUUCUCGUCGCGGACUCAAACCACUAUGACAUCUUUAAAAGUUUUGCUUCUACUUCUGGCUUUGUGGACUGUUUCUUUCGCCGAGGAUACGAACAAUCAGCCCAAUCCUAGAACCACUAAAUCACCCACAACCAAGGACACUUCAAACAUCAGCAUCAGUCCUGACGAGACUCCUAAAAACACCAGCAUAACCAAAAUGAAAUCCGACGGAAGGUUCAAUCUGGACGGCGCGAUGAUUAACAGGGCUCUGUAUGUUCUGAUCGGAAUCACGGCCAUCGGAGUCCUUUAUUUCUUAGUGAGAGCGGUCCGUCUGAAGAAAACAAAUGUACAGAGGAAGAAAUAUGGGCUCCUGUCAAACUAUGAUGACACAAUGGAGAUGGCACACUUGGAAAGCGAUGAGGAAGACACAACAGUUUAUGAGGCCAAAUCCUUGAGAAGAUGAAUUCUGGGAAUAUUUGACACUGCCAGAAAAAAGAAUGUGAUGAAGACAAUCCCAUGAUUUUCACAAUAACAGUUGUCAAAUGAUUUUGUUGUUAUUUUUAACAACUGUGGGAGAACCUAGGAUGCUUGGAUUCCUUUUGUCCCCCAAGAAUAAAGCAGAAUGUGUAGGUUUAUACUAGACCAGUACGUUUUGGACUGAUAUGACCUAAUAGUAUAAUAAAUUGUGUUUUGGAGUCAGAUGGAAAUUAAUAUGGGAUCAAAACUGGUUUGUGCCAAAGCUGCUUAUGCAUAAUUUUCAGAGGUGUUUUUUUUUAAGGAGUCUGAAACUCUCUGUUGAGUAAAUUGAUGUUAAUAGUUAAUACUGUAAAUAACCACCCAUUAUUUCAAACAUGCAAACACUGAAAGGCUGAAAGUUGUUUGCUCAUUUGUGAUACUAUAAUAUAAUUUGGACUCUUAUUUAAUGUUUUGUUUCAGAUACCUUUAUAUAUUCAGUUAAAUCUUUCUUAUUCUACUACAUUGAUUUCAGAAAUGAAUUCUGAUGUUCAGCUAUGGAUACUAGCAAGUUCACAAAUUCCAUGUAUACAAAUGUUUUCCAAAUAUCAGCUUAUAUAAGAGAUGCACUUUUAUUUUUCCAGGGGUUUUCUGAAGCUAAAAAGCAUCAGCCAGUCAUGUUUUAUGACAGUCAUGCCAACACUCUUCACCAGUACUGUAUCCUACCAUUUCUGAUUUUGUUUGAUAAAUUAUAGGAGUUCUAUUUUAAGAAACUAAACAUUCGCAUCCUGUUAAGAUAGGUUCCAAACUUGGUCAUUUAUGCUCAUCUCUGCAUUCAAAGACUUUGUUUUCAUGGAACUCAUCACAUAUGAGAGCCACAGGUCAUGUAUUAUUGGGCUCACAGAGAAGUGGGGUGGAACUGAUACUGCUCUUUCUCCAGCCUUUAUUUUAUUAUAAGACAUUGUGAUCUUUCCUUGCAUUGGUUAAAGGUGGCAGGCUUUUGAAUGUGCAGCAUUCUCACUUUUACAGCUUAAAAAUGUAAGGGGUAUGAUUGUGUGAAGAAGCACACUGAACAUAUGGCUUUCUUUGACUUUAAAAAGAUGUGGAGAGUGUGAAAUAUUUACUGAAAUAUUGAUUAUUGUCAGUUUGACAUGCAUGAAGAAUCACUACAUCAAUAUUUAAUGUACAUAAAUUGAAUGAUUCCUAAAGUGUGCCUUUAUAUUGAUUGUUGUCCCCUUUUUGUAAUUGAUUGGAUGUGAUUUUGGUGUUUUGUUAUUAAAUUCUAUUUUCUAUUUUCAACUUGUGAAGUUCAU